CCUUCCCUCGGGUUUGAGCCCACAGCUCGCGCCAAGACCCGGUGCGCAGUGAUGACGACAUCGGGCCGCGGCGGCGACGACUGGGAGACUGGGAAGGCUUCCGGGGCCGGCCUGGCCGCUGAGAGCUGCUGUCAUGGCGGCCAUUCUGUGGGGCUUCUUUUUCGUCCUUCUGCUGUUGCUAUCAGGGGAUGCCCAGAGCUCGGAGCUGCCUGGGGCUACGGCCGAUGGGUCAGGAGGGAUUGGGGUCGGCAUAGGCGAUCGCUUCAAGAUUGAGGGACGUGCGGUUGUUCCAGGGGUGAAGCCCCAGGAUUGGAUCUCGGCAGCCCGAGUGCUGGUAGACGGAGAAGAGCACGUCGGGUUCCUUAAGACAGAUGGGAGUUUUGUGGUUCAUGAUAUACCUUCUGGAUCUUAUGUAGUAGAAGUUAUAUCUCCAGCUUACAGGUUUGAUCCUGUCCGGGUGGAUAUCACUUCAAAAGGAAAAAUGAGAGCAAGAUAUGUGAAUUACAUCAAAACAUCAGAAGUGGUCAGACUUCCCUAUCCUCUCCAAAUGAAAUCUUCAGGCCCACCUUCUUACUUUAUUAAAAGGGAAUCGUGGGGCUGGACAGACUUUCUAAUGAACCCAAUGGUUAUGAUGAUGGUUCUUCCAUUAUUGAUAUUUGUGCUUCUGCCCAAAGUGGUCAACACAAGUGAUCCUGACAUGAGACGGGAGAUGGAACAGUCAAUGAAUAUGCUGAAUUCCAACCAUGAAUUGCCUGAUGUUUCUGAGUUCAUGACAAGACUCUUCUCUUCAAAAUCAUCUGGCAAAUCGAGCAGCGGCAGCAGUAAAACAGGCAAAAGUGGGGCUGGCAAAAGGAGGUAGUUGGACAGUCCAGAGAUUGCAUUUGCACAGACAUGGCAACACUGGGUGACAUCCAAGCCUUGAGGGAAAACCGUGAAGCAACUACUGUAAACUUGAGUCAUCCUUAAAGUUGAUCUCUUAUAACUGUUGUGUGUGGUAAUUCUUUAGCACGUGUUUUGUACUUGGUGCACAAGAAAACCCAGCUUUCAUCUUUUGUCUGUAUAAGGUCAAUAUUGAUGUCACUGAAUUAAUUACAGUGUCCUAUAGAAAAUGACAUUAAUAAAUUAUAUGAAGUUCUAUACAUUAUGUAUAUUAAAAUGUCUUAAUCCAGA